AUGGAUGUUGCUCAAGUGUUGCACAUGAAUGGAGGCAUUGGAGAAACAAGCUAUGCAAACAAUUCUUUAUUACAGAGAAAGGCGGUUUCUUUGACAAAGCCCAUAAGAGAUGAAGCUAUUCAGUGCUUCUACAGAGAAACAUUCCCUCGAAGCCUAGCAAUUGCAGAAUUGGGUUGUUCUUCUGGACCAAACACUUUCUUUGUCACUUGCGAACUGAUUGAAACUGUGGAGAAGCUUUGCAGAGACCUAAACCACAGAUCUCCAGAAUAUACGAUCUUCUUGAAUGAUCUACCAAGCAAUGACUUUAACAACAUCUUCAAGUCUAUUGAAAGCUUCAAACAGAAGCUAAGAGGAGUGGCAGGUGGGUUUGGUCCAUGUUACAUCGCUGGAGUUCCUGGUUCUUUCUAUGGCAGGAUUUUUCCUACAAAUUCUUUACAUUUUGUUCAUUCCUCCUAUGGUCUUCAAUGGAUGUCUCAGGUUCCUGAGGGCGUAGAGAAUAAUAAGGGCAACAUUUAUAUGACAAGCACAAGCCCUUUAAGUGUGUGGAAUGCUUACUACCAUCAAUUUCAGAGAGACUUCUCAAUGUUUCUCAAGUGUCGUGCUCAAGAAGUAGUUGAAGGGGGUCAUAUGGUACUUACCCUCUUGGGAAGAAGAAGCAAUAAUGAACCAUCGAUGAAUAAAUCUUGCCUCAUCUGGGACAUCGUGGCUGAAGCACUUAAUCACAUGGUCUUAGAGGGAAUAAUAAGGGAAGAUCAAAUGGAUUCAUUCAAUAUUCCUCUAUAUACUCCGUCCUCAUCUGAAUUGGAAUUAGAGGUUGCAAAAGAAGGGUCCUUCACUGCUAAUCACUUAGAGGUAUUUGAAACAAGUUGGGAGGAUGCUUAUGAUGAGAAACGUAAUGACAGUAAAGACUACCAAAUUACACAAUUCAUGAGAGCUGUGGCUGAACCUUUGCUUGUGACCUACUUUGGUGAAGCUGUAAUGGACGAUGUUUUCCGACAUUGCCAAGACAUAUUAGCAGAUCGUAUGUCUAAGGGAAACCUUGUCCAUGUCAGUCUCUGCAUAUCUUUGACCAGAACAAGUUGAACAAGCAACAUAUAAACAUAUGUUUGUACA